GACAUCGGGCAAUCUAAGACACGUAAGCUGAUUACAGGACCGGCUCCCCUGACUCUGAAUCGAUUUGUAUUUCUGUUUUAAACAGUGCCUUCCUCUUUUAUUAUAAACGAUGAAAGGCGACAGAACACAGGGACAGUCGUUGUAGUAUACACAAUGUUAUAACAAGGAAUACUACAAUGUGUUUGGCUGUUACGGUGAACGUGGCUGUGUAUAAAAUACCUGGAAGGCAUUACCUACUUCCGGUUAGAAACAGGUUGGACGGAGCACAUAUCUGAAUUCCACAGUUAUCCCAAUGAAUUUCACGCCUAGCCUGAUGACGUCAUCACACGUGAUAUAAAAAUAUCUCCAGUUUCGUGCCGCCAUGGAUAAAUUCCUAUCCGUAUUUGCAAUUCUCACUUUUUGUACAAUAAUCAUCGCAAUUAUCAGUAUAAUUGCAAUGAAACAGAAUCGAGAAGUCAUCAGUAUCUGUAACAUGGACGACUAUCUUAAAAUAAUGACGUCAUAUAUAUCGCAUAGAGGUGUUACAAAAAUUGAAGAGGAACUUUCCGAAAGAUGUCUACAGGAUAAACUAAAUCCAGAAGAGGUAAAGAAAUUCCGACAUUCUUUGAGUAAUAUGAUACAGUCAUGCAAUAGCAUUAAAAGCGAUAUCAGAAAAACGAUUCGUGAACCAAUACUGACCCUGUUUACAUCCGUAGAUCCUACACAUGCUGAAGUCACUUUACGUACGCUACAAAACUGGGCAUCAUUUAUGCCUUACAUAAACCUUGUUAUGUUUACAAAUGAUGGCCAAAUUACGAAACAAUCACGUGAUCACGGAUGGACAGUAUUUCCGGUGACCCACGCUGGAAUUGACGGAAUACCAGUGCUCAAGACUAUGUUUCAGCAAGUGAUAAGGGAAUUCAGCACCCCGUACUACGGAUUUGCUAAUGGCGAUAUACUGUUCACGGACACAUUGUUAGAGAGUUUGUCAGUCACUCGAAAAUAUUUCAACCAUGACGAGAACGUUAUGCUAACUGGAAGAAGGAUCAACGUUCCGCAUCUGACAAAUAAAGAACUGGUUUCUUAUAAAUAUAUGGAAAAGGUGGCAAAAGACAGAGGUGAAUUAUUCGUUAUUUCAUCAGAAGAUUACUUCAUUACAACAAAACAUUUUGCAUGGCACAGCAUUCCUGAUUUAAUUAUAGGAAGACCAGCCUACGACAACUGGAUUGUUGCGCAUGCGCGAUGUAAUCAUAUUAAAGUUGUUGAUACGACUAACACAAUUCUAGCCAUUCACCAAACUACUGAUAAAGGAAACAAGAAUGGGCAUGCGCACAAAUCCGCAAACUAUAACGAUGCACUAUUAAUCUCAUCACGGGCUCCGCGUGAUUACGUUAAGGGGUUCAUAACGUGCCCGGAAUGGUACUCAUAUGAAAAUUUGUGUGGUGAUAUAGAAAUUACAAAACGACUGGCCAUUCCCCUGUCAUGUGCAUGCUGAACCGAUAUUGGUAUAGUUCGAGACUGUUAUUUUCUUAAAUAAACAGUAGUGGCUAUCGGUACGAUAUACAUCUAGACACCAAGGAACAUUUUAUUAGCGUAUGGAUAGAUGACAAGGUUUUUUAUGCAUAUAUAAUUGGGGAUGGGGGCUGGGGGUGGUAAGUGCUGGGGGAUAUAACAGGUGUUAUAUAGAAACAAUACCUGGAUGUAAUAGGAUUAU